AUGGCGACCGCGAGGAAAAGAAUUCUCAAAGUGCUCACUUUACUCACCCUGUUCAUCUUCCUCACCUCCUUUUUCCUGAACUACUCCCACACCAUGGUGGCCACCGCGUGGUUCCCCAGGCAGAUGGUCCUCGAGCUCUCAGACAACUUCAGGAGACUCGUCAAUUACCCCCACAGGCCCUGCACCUGCGCCCGCUGCGUCGGACAGCGCGGGGUGUCCUCCUGGUUCGACGAGAGAUUCAACCGGUCCCUGCAGCCGCUGCUCACCACCAAGAACGCGCUCCUGGAGGAAGACACCUACAGCUGGUGGCUGAGGCUCCAGCGGGAGAAACAGCCCAGUAACUUGAACGACACCAUCAAGGAGCUGUUCAAGGUGGUGCCCGGGAACGUGGACCCCCUGCUGGAGAAGAGCUUGGUGGGCUGCCGGCGCUGUGCCGUCGUGGGCAACUCUGGCAACCUGAGAGAGUCCUGGUACGGGCCUCAGAUAGACAGUCACGACUUCGUGCUCAGGAUGAACAAGGCCCCCACGGCAGGGUUUGAGGCCGACGUGGGCAGCAAGACCACCCACCACCUCGUGUACCCCGAGAGCUUCCGGGAGCUGGCGGAGAACGUCAGCAUGGUCCUGGUCCCCUUCAAGACCACCGACCUGCAGUGGGUGGUCAGCGCUACCACCACAGGCACCAUCUCCCACACCUACGUUCCUGUCCCCACGAAGAUCAAGGUGAAAAAGAAUAAGAUCCUGAUUUACCACCCAGCCUUCAUCAAGUACGUCUUCGACAGCUGGCUGCUGGGCCAUGGGCGGUACCCGUCCACCGGCAUCCUCUCGGUCAUCUUCUCACUGCACAUCUGUGAUGAGGUGGACUUGUACGGCUUCGGGGCGGACAGCAAAGGGAACUGGCACCACUAUUGGGAGAACAACCCGUCGGCGGGGGCUUUUCGAAAGACUGGGGUACACGAUGGGGACUUUGAGUCCAAUGUGACGGCCACCUUGGCAUCCAUCAACAAAAUCCGCAUCUUUAAGGGAAGAUGA